AUGAAGUCCCUUCUUGCCCUGUCUACUUUCCUUCUUCUUGGAGCUGCCGCUGCUCAAGAAGUUCAAUCUAAGCCUUUCCACUUGGUUAUUACUGCCGCAGCCAAGAAGACUUAUAAUGGCCAAGAGCUCGCUGCGUGCCAUACGGGCGCUGCGAUCGAAUCCCUUUGUUUGGCCGGUACUGCCGGCUCCGAGUUCUACCUGAACACCACCAAGGGCGAAGAGCCCGCUAUCAAGGGAGAAGGCCUCUCCGGCACUCUUAUCUGGAACCUGCCCUAUAAUGGUGAUGAGUAUGAGUCCGAGCCUAUGAGCUUCUACAGCGACCCAUCCACCAAUGUCGCCAUGCUCCUCUUUGAGCCUGGCUAUACUCAACAGGAGGUCUUCUUCGAUAAGACCAGUCAGAUGGCAAUCUACAGCUACUACAAUGAUGCUGUCACUCCUCCAACUGAUGACGAGGCCAAGAUCUUGAAGAACUGGUACCUCUGUGAGACCAACUUCUCUGGUUACACCUACACCACUCUCAACUGGGUACUUGGAAAUGGCAAGGCCAAGCCACAGAACCCCAGCUGUGUCAAGGUGCAAGUUCAGCGCAAGUUUGUAUAG